UCUCCACCAUCAUCACAACUCUCCCCUCCAUUUUACUCAACCCACCACUGUUAUCAUUAACAGUUUCGUUUCGCUCCACACUUUCUCUCUGGCUUCAUAGUGACUGAGAGCACUAGAGAGCUCUGUCCAGAUAGCACAUUUGGGAGCAGGAAUGGAAAUGGGUGCCUUUGUUUGGAUCUUCUCUCUGAUUUUUGCAGCUACCCUUUUGAGCCCUUCUACUCUUGCUCUCACUCAAGAUGGUCUGACAUUAUUGGAAAUCAGAAGCUGUUUGAAUGACAGUAGAAACCUCCUCAGUAAUUGGCAAGCUUCUGAUGAGUCUCCCUGUAAAUGGACUGGCAUCACUUGCCAUCUCAAUGACCAAAGAGUACGCUCUAUAAACCUACCUUACAUGCAGUUAGGAGGGAUUAUGUCUCCCAGUAUUGGUAAACUGAGUAGAUUACAGAGACUGGCACUUCACCAGAACGGCUUACAUGGAAUUAUUCCUAAUGAAAUUACCAAUUGCACUGAGCUCAGAGCCCUUUACUUGAGGGAAAAUUAUCUCCAAGGAGGCAUACCAUCGGAUAUUGGAAACCUUUCUGAUCUCACUAUUUUGGAUUUAUCAAGCAAUUCGUUGAAGGGUGCUAUACCUUCCUCUAUUGGACGUCUAACACGAUUGCACUCUCUGAACUUGUCCACCAAUUUUUUCUCUGGUGAGAUUCCAGAUUUUGGAGCUCUAAGCACAUUUGGGAAUGAGUCCUUUACUGGCAAUCUUGACCUUUGUGGCCGGCAAGUGCACAAGCCAUGUAGGACUUCAAUGGGAUUCCCCGUAGUGCUACCACAUGCUGAAAGCGAUGAAGCAGCAGUCCCUACUAAGCGAUCUUCUCAUUACAUCAAAGGAGUGCUGAUUGGUGCAAUGUCCACAAUGGGUCUUGCGCUUGUGCUCAUUGCUUUGCUCUGGGUUUGGUUGCUAUCAAAGAAGGAAAGAACUGUUAAGAAAUACACAGAAGUAAAAAAACAAGUUGACAAAGAAGCAAGCACAAAACUUAUUACUUUCCAUGGUGACCUGCCAUACCCUUCAUGUGAGAUCAUAGAAAAGCUGGAAUCUCUUGAUCAGGAGGAUGUUGUAGGGUCGGGAGGGUUUGGCACUGUGUAUAGAAUGGUUAUGAAUGAUUGUGGAACAUUCGCUGUUAAACGGAUUGAUCGGAGUCGUGAAGGAUCAGAUCAAGUAUUUGAGAGAGAGUUAGAAAUCUUGGGUAGCAUCAAACACAUAAAUUUAGUAAAUCUACGAGGUUACUGCAGGCUCCCAGCUUCAAAGCUUCUUAUCUAUGAUUAUAUGGCUAUGGGCAGCUUAGAUGAUUUCUUGCAUGAACAUGGCCCUGAAGAACGAUCAUUGAACUGGGGUGCUCGAUUGAGAGUAGCCCUUGGUUCCGCUAGGGGUAUUGCAUAUUUGCACCAUGACUGCUGUCCAAAGAUUGUGCAUCGUGACAUAAAAUCCAGCAACAUUCUCCUUGAUGAGAAUUUGGAGCCUCGUGUAUCGGACUUUGGCCUUGCUAAGCUUUUGGUUGAUGAGGAUGCCCAUGUCACAACCGUGGUUGCUGGCACUUUCGGCUACCUAGCACCAGAGUAUCUGCAAAGCGGGAGAGCCACUGAAAAAUCAGAUGUAUAUAGUUUUGGAGUUCUGUUGCUAGAGCUUGUAACUGGGAAGAGACCUACAGAUCCAUCUUUUGUGAAGAGAGGCUUAAACGUUGUUGGUUGGAUGAAUAUGCUAUUGAAGCAAAACCAAUUGGAAGAAGUAGUAGAUAAAAGGUGCGCAGACACAGAUAUGGAAACUCUAGAAGCAAUUCUAGAAAUAGCAGCCCGAUGCACGGAUGCAAACCCAGAUGAUCGGCCGUCAAUGAGCCAAGUAUUGCAGCUGCUAGAGCAAGAGAUCAUGUCACCUUGUCCCAGUGAGUUCUACGAGUCACAUUCAGAUUAUUGUUAAUGAUACCUACAGCAGUCAGUGUACUGCCAAUGCAAAAGCAACAAGUUCUGCUAGAAUGUGAUGUUUUGGGAGCGAUUUACCCCUAUCUGUGGGGUCUGUAUAUUGUUUUCUUGGAAAUGACAUGUGAGUUUCUCCUGCCUGUUGAAUUUGUAUGUUUUUAUUUCUCUUUUUCGCAUAACGAUUAACGUCCCUAUGUUUUUAUCGACGAUCACGCAUGUGAAAAGCGGACGUUUCAUAAUCCACUAUGGUGGCUGAUAUGAAAGAUAUUCACCAUAA